ACGGCGGCACCACUCAGCAGUAGCACACAUGCUCGGCGCACGGCCGGUUGAAUGUUUCUCGGUACUUGAUCGUUGUCGAGCGUAGUCGCAACGGACAACGUCGUCGCGUGUGCGCAUUUUCACGCAUUGCACACACCCCCGGUCGUAAGGCGGUUACUCGCCACGCGCAUACUGCCACCCUCGUGGUCGCAGUUAACCACCACCGCGGUAUACUCGUGGUAAUAUUUAGAAUUUUACAAUAAUAUAUUAUUAUCUCUGCUGUCAUAAUCGUCAAUCGUGUGCGAGGCGACGUGUUUUCGCGGUUUUCGACGGUUUCGCGCGCCGCCGAGGGUUUGCCGCGGGAAAGUCAUGCGAGCACGAUACCUGACCUAACGAGUACCAUAAAUUAUAAUAUUAUCGCCUAUAUUUAGGCACACAUAUAAAUUGCAUCGUACAUAAAUAUUAUUACGACAAGCUCGGGGACCAUGUCGACCUCCAGCGGAAGAGACAAGACGGACGUUGCCGGCAGCAGGUGCUCAGGCGGAGGACAAGAAGCAGGAAGUUGCGGCGUGCCAGAUAUGACAUCCAUAUCAGACAUAGACGAGGACGUUAUAAACCGAAAUUUGCAAAAAAGAUACUCAGAUAAUCACAUAUACACUUACACAGGAACGAUAUUGGUUGCAGUGAACCCGUACAAGGAGUUGGGCAUUUACUCAAAUGACUACGUGUUUCAAUAUCACGGAUCGAAAAUCGGCGUAUUGGAACCGCACGUGUUCGCCGUGGCCGAAGCGGCCUACAACAGUCUGCAGACCGGUGACAUCGACCAAUCGUGCGUGAUAUCUGGCGAGAGCGGAGCGGGCAAGACGGAAACGACCAAAUUUAUUCUGCAGUAUUUGUGCUCGGUGACCAGCAACGUGAGCACGUGGGUCGAACAGCAGAUACUCGAAGCAAACACAAUUUUGGAAUCUUUUGGUAACGCGAAAACUGCACGCAACGACAACUCUAGCCGUUUCGGAAAGUUUAUGCAAGUGUGCUUCGACGGCAGAUGGAUGAUAAAAGGAUGCAUUAUACAGGACUACCUGCUGGAACAGUCGAGAAUUACGUUCCAGAGUGCUGGCGAACGGAACUACCACGUGUUUUAUCAGCUUGCCGAGGGCGCGAGGCACAACAAGGACUUGGUCGAGCUGUACAAAUUGAAACCACCAGAGUUCUACAACUACCUGAACCAGUCAGGUUGCAUAAUCAUUGACGGCGUGUCGGACGUACACAAAUUUGACGCGUUGCGUUUGGCGUUCAACGUGCUCCGUAUACCACUCAACAUGGUCGAUGGAAUUUUCUGCGUCUUGUCAGCCAUCUUGUGGCUGGGAAACACGGUUUUCCGGGACGUCGACGGAGAAAAAUGUCAACUGACCGAAAACGAUCACGAAAUAUUAUCAGUCGUGUCUCACCUACUGGGACUGAAGAAGGAAGACGUGGUCCACGUGGCCUUGCUCAGACAGAUAAACGUGCGCGGAAACAUCACUGAAAUACCUCUGAAGUUGCCCGAAGCGAUCGAAAACCGACAUGCGAUGGCUAAAGCGCUGUACUCACGAACUUUCGCGUGGCUCGUGAAUCACAUCAAUACCUGUACAAAUCCGGGACAAGAUACGUCCAGAUUUCUUGGUGUCCUCGACAUAUUUGGUUUCGAAAAUUUCACUAUCAAUUCAUUUGAACAGUUGUGUAUAAAUUACACUAAUGAGAAGCUGCACAAGUUUUUCAAUCACUACGUUUUCGCAUUGGAACAAGAAAUCUAUCGACAAGAAGAAAUCAAAUUUUCCCACAUUCAGUUCACUGAUAACACGACAUGUUUAGAACUGGUCGAGAAACCCCCUCGCUGUAUUUUUAAAUUGCUGACCGAACAGUGUCAUAUGCCUAAGGGAUCGGACACUACAUACUUGAUGAAUUUGCACACGGAGUUCGAGAAUCAUCCAAAUUUUGUAAAAGGAGACGACCGUCGGAAAUGGGAAUCGGAAUUCAGUAUCGUGCACUACGCUGGAUCCGUUACUUACACCGCCAGAGGUUUUGUCGACAAAAAUCGCGAUGUACAACAAGAUGUGUUUUUUGAUUUCAUGACGCGUUCCACGAACGUCUUCGUACGUGAACUUGUUAAAUAUCAGGAUUUACUUGGAUCCACCGUGUCACGGAUGGGCAGUGCCAACUCUACGUCCACGAGAGGGACCACGAAAGGUCGGCCCACUGUUAGCGAUACCUUUAGACACCAAUUACAAGCGUUGGUAGACGUCUUGCAAUCCACUAAUCCAUGGUACGUGAGAUGCAUUAAGCCGAACACGAUAAAAGCGCCAAACCAUUACAACGAUAAGUUAGUGUUGGACCAGUUGAAGUACUUGGGCAUGUUGGAUAUAAUCAGAAUUCGUAAGGAGGGCUAUCCCAUACAUCUGUCGUUUCACGAGUUCCUUAGUCGUUACCGUUGUUUGGUGAGAAAAAAACUACCUGACGAAGAGCGGUCAGCCAUAAAAGCAUUUUUGACGCUACAAGACAUUCCAACAGAAGAGUGUCAGAUAGGCAAAUCUAAGGUGUUUCUUCGGAACAAAGCGCAUGAACCACUCGAAGAUAAACGAAAGGUAAUGCUCAACUUGAUGGCCACGAUCAUUCAACGAACAUGGAGAGGAUACUUCGUCAGGAAAGAUUACGUUAAAACACGGACUGCGGUGAUAAUCGUACAAACGGCGUUCAAGAGUUGGAAACAACGUUUGGUGUUCUUGAAGAAACGUAGAGCUGCGAUCGUGAUCCAGUCGCAUUUAAGAGGCGUUUUUGCACGAGAGGUGGCCGCUGCCUUGCGAGAGAUGAGAAGAGUAGAAGAAGAAAUGCGGAAACGGGAACGCGUGGAAGAAGAAAAACGCAAAGCCGAAGAGGUCAAAGAAAAAGAUCAAGAAAAUGAAAAGUUAAACGAAUUGCAAAUCGAGAAAGACGAGAAGAUAUCCGAAAUAGAGUUUGCAAAAUUAGCAGAACAGUUAAACUCGAGGCUUCAAGUAGAUCCAGCACACGAGUCCGUGGACUUGGACAACCUGUUUGCGUUUUUAUCCGAUGUCCAGUCCGGACGGACUAUAGACACUGUGGGAGACCGUAUGAAGGAAAUAGUAAGCGAUUUCGAUGAGUUGGAGAGUGUAAUCCAGCGAGAAAUAGAAAUCGUCGAGCUGGAGCUUGAGAGCAGAGGGCUAGAAAAAUCAUUGUCUUCGUCUUCAGCAAAUGCACUGCAGGUGGUGUUACCGGAGCCAUCGCAUCCACCACCACCUCCACCUCCGUUUAACCAGCAGCCAGUGAAAGCCGACGAUGAACCAAUUUACGAGGCGGUGUUGCCCAGGGACGAGGAUAACGUGUCGCCGCCGCCACUGCCCACACCGCCACACAAACUGAUCAGAGCUAAGAGCCCCGUGGCGAUCGAAAGCGCGAACAGAUCUAUUAGUCCGACCACCACCGCCGCAGCCGCCCUAUCAUCACCCCGGCAGAGCAGGCCAAACUCGAGGACAUCCGGCACGGGGGGUGCGAAUUGGAAACACAACAACGGAUUCGUCGAAGACACAACAGAACGCGAUCAGAGGAGGAAAUUCAGAGUGGAGAAGAAACUGCUAGAGAUGGAAAAUAUUCAAGAAAAGUUGAACGUCGAACCACUCCACGACAACUAUCACGAUAUCCUAGAGUUCGCCGAAAACUAUUUCAACGCUCACGAGCGUUCACCUGAAGGAACGAUAAUAGCCACGCUGAAGAGGAAAAGCAAGUCAUUGGAAAAGAUACCUAUGUACGAAAUGGUUUCGUUCCACCGUGGCUCCACUAUUCCGACAUCGCACAUACACAUGUACGAUCCGGAUAACAUAACGAUAGCCAUAUCAAUUUUCAGAGACCUCUGUAAAUACACUAGAGGUGACAUAAAACAAGACAACGAAGUACAAAUCAUCCAGUCUAUAAUAGGCGCGGGGAUCAACCGUGAAGAGUUGCGAGACGAAAUUUUCGUUCAAUGCAUGCGACAAGCGACGAACAAUCCAAACACUGAGUCCACCGAGAGAGUGUGGCUACUCAUUUGUCUCGCGAUCGUUGCGUUCCAGCCCAGCAAGCUACUCUACAAGUAUUUCGUAAGCUUCUUGCGGAAGAAUUUGCAGUGCGAAGGAAAACUCAAACAGUACGUUCAGUGGUGCCUGGAUAAUUGUAAAAACACAAAAGUGUCGUGUCGACAGUAUCCACCAUCAACGGUUGAAAUCGCCGCUAUGCGGAGACUUGGCACGAUUGUCUGCAGAUUUUUCUUCCUGGACGGCCGUACCAAAGCGAUUGACAUCCAUCCAACGGACACGGCCAGCGAUGCGGUUUACAAGCUAGCAGACAAAUUGUGUCUGAGGUCAAUUGACGGUUGGUCGAUAUACCAGAGCCGCUCGGAUGGCGAAGAACACGUCCGCGCUCAUUACUACCUGUACGACAUCAUCGCUGCUUGGCAAUCAAAGCAACAGAUCAAACAGACCACUCAAUCGAGUAGCAGCUUCCCCUCUCUGAGCCGGCGAUCCAGCAACACGACUUUGACCAGUGGCGAGAACCGCUUCAUAUUCAAACGUCGACUGUUCCGGCAUUCCCGAGAAAUUUCGCAGGACCCGAUCGAAGUGAACCUGUUGUACGCACAGGCCGUCUACUGUGUAGUGAAGUGUGACGACUUUCCUGUCAGUGAAAAGGUUGCUCUCCAAUUGGCCGGACUUCAAUGUCAAGUUUCACUUGGCGAUCCCAAAGAGUCGACUUUGGAGUAUUACGCGGACGUCGAAAACUAUAUACCGUUUAGGAUAAGCAGAAUAAGAAGUUCCGAUACUUGGGUGCCGAUAUUGGCGCAGGCUCAUCAACAAUACGGAGCUGGCAGAUCAGAGCUAAUGGCAAAGGUCUUGUACUUGUCGUGUGUAAUGCAAUAUCCUCUCUACGGCACCACUAUGUUCCACGUCACCUACAGGGGCUACUGGUCGUACGGAAACACUCUGAUACUCGGUGUCAACUGCGAAGGACUAAUGUUGAUCAAGCCGGAAGACAAGUUUGUCAUGUACGAGUUCAGGUACACUGACGUCGAAUCGAUAUUUUUGGACCCCAGCGAUUGUUUUCUAACCAUUAACUUAAUGAGACAUCAAAACGACAACGCCUCGGCACACAAGUGUUUCGUCUUUGAAACGCAACAGAAAUCCGAAAUCGGUUCGCUCAUUGUCAGCUAUUGUCCAGGGCUGGCCGGUUGGAUAAUCGAAAACGAAGCACCGGUUAAAGCCAUAACGAACGACGAUCGAAUACGACUUUAUCACAACGUGAUCAACUGCCGGCGCAAUUUAAUCGAUUCAGACAUGUUGAAUAAGCCUCAGGACACCUCUGGUAGUUUCUUAAAGAACACUUUGCGCAGACUGAGCAAACACAAAUUGGAAAAAUUAUGGGCUGAACACAUUGGAUCGUUGUCCGAACACGGAGAAACGUACAAGGGAUUCUCGGGCUCUUAUUGGUCCUUCAGUAGACAGACGAUUUCCCAAAGUCUCAGCCGGUUGUCCGAACAAGACGAACAGAUCGCUUUGCAAAUGUUCCAGAUCAUACUGAAAUAUGCUGGCUUAGGUCAAAAUGGAGAAGUCGUCCGGCGAGCAGAAGACGAACACGUCACUCUGAUACAAAACGUCAUGGAGAGAUCGAUGCGCAAGGAGUCGUUGCUCUGCGAACUGUACCUGCAGCUGAUCAAGCAGACCACCGAACAUCCGGAUCCAAACUCGAGGGUCAACCUCAGGCAUUGGGCGCUGUUGUCGCUCACAUGUUCAGUCAUCUUGCCGCCGCAACGCAACGUCCGAAAAUAUUUGAUUGCUCAUCUGCGGAAGUGCGCCGGCGAUUGUGUGACCGAGGAAGGGAAGUACGCCCGAUUCGCAGAAAAAUGCGUGUCGAAAACCCAAGGAACGAGGAGACGACAGUGGCCGCCGUCUAGGGAAGAAAUAUUGUGCACGAUAAACAGGAGGUUGAUUUACGCCCGAUUUCAUUUCAUGGAUGGACAAUACCAUGCCAUUGAGUUUCACCCAUCUUCAACGGCUAAAGACGUAGUGGAAAUCGUCAAGAAUAAAAUUGGACUUAGGAAGACAGCGAUGGGAUAUGCAAUCUACGAGGUGUUGGGAAAUUCCGAGCGAAGUUUGGUGGCCGAAGAAAAACUUGCUGACGUCAUGUCGAAGUGGGAAAGAUAUAGGAAUGCCAACACUGGAACGGCAAACACGUCCAAGCCCAUCCGAAAGCAUAGCCACAUAUUCCUGUUCAAAAAACACCUGUUCCUCGACCAGUACAUGGACCUAGACGAUCCGGUGGAAAAAGAACUGUUGUACCAUCAGGUCCUGCAUGGCCUUCGAUGCGAUCGAUUCCCGGUGACUGAUAACGAAGCGGUUAUGUUGACCUCUUUACAAGCUCAAGUAGAACUAGGAGACUGCGAAGACACCGUACUGGAAUACCGACAGGUAUCGUGCCAUUGUCUCCCGUCGAGGCUAGUCACCAACAUACCCAACGAAGAUGUGGCGAUGCACCACCAGAGUUUGAGAGGAAUGACUUCGGCUGAGGCCAAGAAAGCUUUCUUAAACCUGAUCAAAAGCUGGCCACUCCACAGAGCUACCAUUUUCGACGUUAUGCAAUCGUUCACCUCAAAUUGGCCUCGUGUCUUGUGGUUGGCUGUGGAUCAAGCCGGUUUACAUCUACUUGAACACCGAUCUCGAAAUGCGUUGUGUUCAUACGAAUACGACAGUAUAUUGAGUUAUAGCCCAGCCGUCAAUUGUCUGAUGAUAAUUACGGGCAGCGACAAAAAGCAGAGCAAGAUCAUAUUAACCACUUCACAGGCGUUCCAAGUGGCGAACCUGAUCCGCGAGUACACGGAAGUGCUGCAGUCUCCGCAGGCGUUCAAAAAGCGCGAAGGAGGCGCCGGCGGCGGCGGUGGCGGCCGCAAAAACGGUCUGAACGGUUCGAGCUCGAGGCCGGUGAGCAUAUUGCACAAACCGGCGCCGGCCAUCGAACUCCAGACAUGAUCCGAGGACCGGCGGACGUCCGAUCGGCGGCAGCACCAGAAGAAUGGUAACGGCGAUUGUUGAUCGGGCAAAAGCUUAACAAUAAGCGUAUAUUGUUAUCAUUGUAAUAUUAUCAUAAUCAACAGUGUCCCCCGAGACUCAAGUUCCGGCUCGUCGUCAAUCACACCGCGUUGUUAGAAAUAUUAUGUAACAAUCAAGAAUUAAGAUAUAAUAAUACUCGUAAUAGUAUUAUAUUCUUCAUUCGCGGUAGCAAUAAUAUUAUUAUAAUAUGUAUAUCGAGUGUUUUGUGACUGUAACCGCGCAGUCGCAUAUUAAUAUCUAUAUUGUGUAUGAGAUUUUUUUUUUUAUAUAAUGGAAAUUCAAUGCGAAAAACGCGAUUUUCUCGGAGUAAAUCGAUUUUUAUGUAUAGACAAAUCCUGUUAUAAUAAUAGGUACAAUUCGAACUGUCGAAUUUUAAACAUUUCACAAAACAUAAUAUUGCAACGAAAAUUAUUGUAAAAGUUGGUUAGGUAGGUAUCUUGCAUUUCACGUGUAAAUUUUUCCAUAGUAAAUGAUUCAACCGAGCUAAUAAAUUGGUAAACUAUUAGAAUAACAGACUGUCAAAUAACAGCUUCGGUAACAAUUAUUAUUAUUAUUACUAGCUGUAUACAAAUAAUGUAUCGAUUACAACAACUGGACCGUAACGGUAAUGCAAUAAAUCGAGUGAUUAUUCAAAACAUCUUACUACCUGGUGCCUAUGGACUAGUUAAUUUCAUUGUACUUAUAAUGGCAUCAUUAUUCUAAUAAUAUUAUAUACUAUAUAGUCACGAUUUUAUAAAUUCCGUUUUUUCUUUUUAAAUCAAUGUAUGACAUAUUGACAUUAUUGUAUAGUUUGUCAUUAAUACAAUAUAAGUUAAAUAUCAAUAAAUAUAAUUUUUAAUUAAAUUAUUUUAAUCGAUGUAUAAAUAUUUAUUUAGGUAACUUCAUAGCUAAAAUUUACUAAACUAAAUUGUAUAUUAUAAUAUGCGUAUUGUAUAAUAGUAUAAUUCGCAACGUGGAGCGUGGCAACGACGGACGAUGAUGAAACGACGAUAACAUUUUAAAAUUUCUCUUCGAACCCCGUCCGAGUGGCGUAUUUAAAUAUUUACAUAACAAUAGCAUGGACCAAAUAUUAUAAAUAAUAUAGACGAAUAAUUCCAGUGAGAUGAAACAUAGGUACUUCUUAUACCUAUGUUACUACCUAUGUCUUAUACCUAGUGGAUCGUUUAACUUUUGUUAUCCCAGUUCUUAAAUAUAGCUCCAAGUACUCACACGAGUAGACAACUCGUCUUUUGGACACUCGUACACAACCGUGACAUGGGAUUUAUAGACGCCCUCGUGUAUAGGUAUUCAUAUAAAAUAUUUUAUACUUUAAUACCAAUACAGAUGGGGACCCUUUUGCGUUGUGUACUGUUUCGGACGACGUUGAAAUUAUACUAUACAUUUUUAACCCCCCCCCCCCCCCCACCAAUAUAAUCGUCCAUCGCAUGUUUUCACACUCCCCCCCACCUACCACCCCCACCGUAUCUAAUGUUAACACAAUUUAAGUGCAUUAUAAUUUCUGUAGGAUGUAAGCAUGUAA